AUGAGCAAUAGCAGCACGCCACCACCCCUCCUCCUCGGUAUAUCAGGGCCCUCGUCCUCAGGCAAAACAACUCUCUCUCGGCUUCUCCGAGACAUCUUCCCUCCAACAAAACUUUUCAUCCUACAUCUAGAUGAUUUCUACCUCACCGACGCCGAGAUACCCGUUAAAAAUGGCAUUCAAGACUGGGACUGCAUGGAAUCUAUCAACCUCCCUGAGCUAAAGUUAGCGCUUCAGCACAUCAAGGAUCACGGGAAGAGUCCCGAAUGGCUGGUCAGUAAAGAGGACGAGAACAGUGUGGGUGAACAUGGUGUGCCGGAGGCAGAGAUCAAGAGACUAAGAGAUGAGGUGGCAACGUGGUUGGAAGGAAGGGCAGAAUGGGAGAAUAGGAGAAUUUGUAUAGUCGACGGCUUUCUCCUGUUCUCAGAAGACAUGGAAGACAUCCGGUCACUCUUCGACGUCAAACUCUUCCUACGCACAAGCUAUGAAACAGCAAAGAGGAGGAGGGAAGCCAGGAGUGGGUAUGUGACAUUGGAAGGCUUCUGGGAAGAUCCACCAGGGUACGUGGAUAAAAUUGUCUGGCCAAACUACGUCCAAGACCACAAGUUCUUGUUCAACGACUGUGACGUCGCGAACAACUUGGACGAGGAGGUUUGCAGGAAGGUGGGUAUUGCUGGGAUGCCGCGGGAAGCAGAGGAAAAUAUGAAAGAGUGCCUAAACUGGGCUGCUGGUGUGCUAAAAGGUGUUAUUAAGACUUCAUAA